AACCACCCACUGGCAUGUCUUCACAGACGCAUUCCCUUUUUUAAUGAAGAAAAGCACAAGUGGAAUUUAUCUUCUCUGCUUUUUCACUCUUUUUUUUGGUCCCUUGUACCUGUGGCAAAGCCCCAGGCAGUCUUCGUUCGGCUUUCAUUCUAUACCUGUUUGACAGCACUCUCUCGCUCCUUCUUCUGGACACACAAAGGAUGGCAACUACAAGCUACAGCGUGCGAAGCAGCAGAACUGGCAGCGGUGGUGGCGGUGGCGGCCUUGUCAGAAGCAGCUUCACCAGCAGCUCAGCCUAUGCCAUUCCCACAGGCGGUACCCGAAUCAGCCAGGUCCGCCGGGUAGGGCUAGGCUCCGCUGCCGGUUCCGGAUUUGGUGCCGGAGGUGGUGGCAGCUUCAGCAGCCGGAGCAUCAGCGGAGGCGGUGGAGGCCUCGGUGCAGGCUUUGGUGGAGGCUUCGGUGGAGGCUUCGGUGGAGGCUUCGGAGGAGGCUUCGGAGGAGGAGCUGGAGGUGGUGGAUUUGGCGCUGGGGGUGCAGGAGGCCUUGGCGGUGGAUUUAUCCCACCCCCUCCCAUCACUGCCGUGACAAUCAACCAGAGCCUCCUGGCUCCUCUGAACCUGGAGAUUGACCCCAACAUUCACGUUGUCCGCACCCAGGAAAAAGAGCAGAUCAAGAGUCUCAACAACCGCUUUGCCAGCUUCAUUGAUAAGGUACGUUACCUGGAGCAGCAGAACAAGGCUUUGGAGACCAAAUGGCAGUUCUUGCAGGAGCAGACCACCACUCGCUCCAACAUCGAUGCCAUGUUCGAGGCCUACAUUGCCAACCUGCGCAGGCAACUGGAUGGCUUGGGAAAUGAGAAGAUUAAGCUUGAGGGAGAGCUGAAGAACAUGCAGGGUCUAGUUGAGGACUUCAAGAAAAAGUAUGAGGAUGAGAUCAACAAGCGUGCUGCUUCUGAAAACGAGUUUGUCCUGCUCAAGAAGGAUGUUGAUGCUGCCUACAUGAACAAGAUUGAACUUGAAGCUAAGGCUGAUGCUCUUCAGGAUGAGAUCAACUUCCUCAGGGCAGUCUAUGAGGCUGAACUGGCAGAGCUGCAGGGUCAGAUCAAAGACACAUCAGUGAUUGUGCAAAUGGACAACAGAAGGCACCUGGACAUGGACGCCAUUGUGGCUGAAGUCCGUGCUCAGUAUGAGGACAUCGCCAACCGCAGCCGUGCUGAGGCUGAGAGCUGGUACCAACAGAAGUUCGAGGAGAUGAAGUCCUCAGCUGGUGACUUCACCGAGGACCUACGCUCAGCCAAGACCGAGAUAGCUGAUCUUAACAGGAGGAUUGCCCGCCUGCAGAAUGAGAUCGAGGCCGUCAAAGGACAGCGUACUAACCUUGAAGGUCAGAUUGCUGAUGCAGAAGAGCGCGGUGAGAGAGCAGUACAGGAUGCCAAGAAUCGCAUUAAACAACUGGAGGAAGCCCUCCAGAGAGAUAAGCAGGAAAUGGCCCGGCAGGUGCGUGAGUACCAGGAGCUCAUGAACGUCAAGCUGGCUCUGGACAUUGAGAUCGCCACCUACAGGAAACUCCUGGAGGGAGAGGAGAACAGAAUCUCCAGUGGAGGACCUCAGGCUACCAUCCAUGUGCAGCAGACCUCUAGUGGGUUUGGCUAUGGUGGUGGAGCAGGUGGUGGCGGUGGUGCAGGAUUUGGAAUGGGAGGAGGAAUGGGAGGAGGAAUGGGAGGAGGAAUGGGAGGAGGAAUGGGAGGAGGUUUGUCCAUGUCCGCUGGUGGUGGCCUCAGCAUGGGCGGCAUCAGAGGUGGCUCGACCAUCACAAGAAGUUCUAUGUCAUCUACCAGCAGCUCCAGACACUUCUAAGCAGAAACGUCCUGAAUCCCUUAUCUGCCUUCCUGCACCUACAUUGACACCUUUUCAUCUGACAUCAUCUGUGGUGCUAAACUACUGUCCAGCAACCAUUUUUUGAAUGAUCCCAAGAGAGGCUACACUGUUUCUUAAAAACAAAUUUGCUUCUGUCCCCCUCCCCCUUCUACACAAAGCAAUAAAACGACUACAGGGAGCUCUAGUGGUUAGAUGUCAGUCGUCUAUGAAUUGCUCCUCUCUAGCCAGCCAGGGAACUGUGCCAGGUAUAUGUAGGUUCAGCAGACGCAUUUCUUUCAUUCCACACUUAACUACUUAACUAUAAUUAGACCAGGAAGAAUGCAAAGGGAAAUGUUUGAUUUCAGUGUUCGAAUGUUAUUUUCUGUACUGACGAUGAUUGGGAAAAAGUCAAAAUGACAGCGGCUCUACAUUAAAAACAAUAAGGCCACACUCAAGAACAAGACAUUAUCAUGUUGACCCGAAGCAGCUGUAGAACAAAGAUCUCAAUAAAGGUCUAAAAAGGGCCCAGAUUUGUAGAAGUUUUCUGUUCCAAUAAGAAAUCACUGUAUCUUUUAUAAUCAUAAAAUGGCUGUCAGUUCCACAUUAUCCAAAAGACCAUAACUGAUGAAGCAAGCUUCAGUUAACUAUCCUGGUCCUGUGAUUAUAUUGUGAGUAGAUUUGUUUUGGUAAAACCAUCCCUCCUAUUAGCUUUGGAGGACAAGCCUCUUAGUGCAGAAGCACUGGCUGAUCUGGCAGCUGUAUGAUCCAUUAUCUUUGUAACUGUCUACAAGAGCCCUGACUCUCUCUUUUUCUUUAUGCUCAAAUUACCAUCAGAGCAGAAUUAAGGGUAUUGAUCCCUUUUUCCUCAGGCUGUGCCAUACUACUUCAUGCAAAAACUAAAGCAAAAAUAAAAUAAAAGAUGUUAAGACCAGA